AUGGCGCAGAGCGACGUGCUCCUGACCAAAGAGCCGGCCCAGCAGGCAGUGCCGGUGUGCGAGCUGCCGUGCAAGGUGUACGAUGUGGAGCGCAACACAGGCGCCUAUACCUCGUCUGGCCUGGCCACUGCCGGCUUCCGCUCCGCCAAGUACCUGAUGGACGAGUGGUUCCAGAACAGCUAUGCCCGCUAUCACCAGGCCUUCGCUGACCGUGACCAGUCGGAGCGGCAGCGCCACGAGAGCAAGCAGCUGGCGACCGAGACAGAGGCACUCGCGCGGCGUACGCAGGAGGACAGCACGCGCAGGUUGGGCGAGUGGCUGCAGGACACCCACUGCUGGAAGUCUGAGCUGCAGCGCGAGAUCCAGGACCUGGAGGCCGAGACUAACCUGCUUCUGGCGGAGAAGCUGCGGCUGGAGCGCGCCCUGGACGCCACGGCGCUGCCCUACUCCAUCGCCACCGACAACCUGCAGUGCCGCGAGCGCCGCCAGCACCCGGACCUCGUGCGUGACUGCGUGGAAAUCGAGCUGCUGAAGGAGGCCGAGCUCAUCAGGAACAUCCAGGAACUCCUGAAAAGGACCAUCAAGCAAGCGGUCAACCAGACACGGCUGAACCGUCAACACAAGGAGACCUGUGAGAUGGACUGGUCCGACAAGGUGGAGGCCUAUAACAUCGACGAGACCUGCUCCCGCUACCACAAUCAGAGUACCGACGUGCAGUUCUACCCACACUCAGUGGUGCUGGAGGAGAGUGCCUCCACUCCAGAGACCUGGGCCAUGUUCAGCCGGGACAACCUGUGCCGAGCUGAGCGCGAGCGCCUGGCCUCUGUCAACCUGCGGCAGCUCAUCGACUGCAUCCUGCGAGACACGUCUCAGGACCUGCGGAUGCAGUGUGACGCUGUGAACCUGGCCUUCAACCAGCGCUGCCAGGAGCUGGAAGAUGCGCUCCACAAACUGAAACACCACCUGCUCAAGGCGCUGCGGGAGAUCACGGACCAGGAGCACAACAUCGCGGCCCUGAAACAGGCCAUCAAGGACAAGGAGGCGCCCCUGAAAGUGGCUCAGACCCGCCUCUACCAGCGCUCCCACCGGCCCAACGUGGAGCUGUGCAGAGACACCGCGCAGUUUAGGCUGGUGUGUGAGGUGAAGGAGCUAAACAAGUCCCUGGAGGCACUCAAGGAGAAACUUCUGGAAGCGGAGCAGUCGCUCCGGAACCUGGAGGACACUCGGAUGACCCUGGAGAAGGACAUCGCCGUCAAGAGCAACAGCCUCUUCAUCGACCGCCAGAACUGCAUGGUCCACCGUACCCGCUACCCCUCUGUCCUGCAGCUGGCGGGUUACCAGUGA